GAAGAGGGCGGGAUCUAAUCAUUCCUCGUGUAGGAUCUAAGCGAAGAAGCCAGUGUAUCCCCUUUGCCCUUCCCCCGCCAGUCAUUCGUGUGCAAGUUCCUGUGGUGUGCGGACUAUGGCCUCACUGUACUGGUGCGUGGCAAUUAUGGCCGCGUGGGCGUGCUGCCCGCCCACUGACGCUCAAAGGUUCAACCUCGACCCUAUCCGACUCGACCCGACCGGGGGCAUCUUCGGCGCCGUCGGGGAGAGCAGCGGCGGCGACAUCAGCGUGCUUGACGCCCUCGACAUUGGCCUCGAGCGAGCGCAGGCCCUGAAGGAAAAAGAUACCCCAGCUAUAUCUGCCUUCCUUCCCGGAGACAUCUUAGGAGGAGGCGAAGUAGGCGUCGCGGCAUCCCCUCCUGUAGCUGCCUCCCCUCCCCCCGCCCCAGACCAGGCAGGGCAGCUCCUCUUCUCCUUCCGCAGAGCAGAACCGGAGGCGAAGAAGGAGGCAGAGUGCACGGGAAGGGUUCUCCUCGAGGCGUCUAAGACUUUAGUGCAAAGGAACAAGAUUCCUCCGUCCAAAGUGAGUCGCGUCCUAGCCCGACAGAGCGUAGGACUCCCGCCGGAGGAAUGUCAGCGCCGCGUGGAGAAGCUGGCAGGAUGCGACCUGGUUGAGCCCCCGACGCCCUCUUGCUCACCUGGCUUCCCCUACCGCUCCAUCGACGGGUCCUGCAACAACCUGGCCAACCCGAAGUGGGGGGCGGCCAUGAUCCCCUUCAGGAGGUUCCUUGACCCGGCUUACGAGGAUGGCGUCGAUGCUAUGCGAGGCAGUGACCGUUUGUUUGGCGCUAAGUUGCCGUCUCCCCGAGCCGUGAGUGCCAUGUUGCAGAAGAGCGAACAACGUCCUCAGCGCGGCCUCAUAACCCUUAUGGUCAUGCAGUGGGGCCAGUUCACCGAUCAUGACAUCGUCCACACUCCUGAAGCUGCUCUGGUCGAGUCAGGAAAAGAUGGUGAAGAGACCAAGCCUGUUGAAUGCUGCGAAUCAGGCCAAGACUUUCCCUAUGCUGAUGGGGUGUCAGACUGUCAGCCCAUCGACGUCUCCGAUGAUCCUCUCCACAGCGAAUUCAACAGGGCAUGCAUGAAGUUUGUCCGGUCGCUCAUAGCCAACCAAGGCUGCGUUCUUGGGCCUAGAGAGCAGCUCAACCAGAUCACGGCCUACCUUGACGGCUCAGCAGUCUACGGGUCCAGGGACGCUGUUGCCGAGGAGCUGCGAGCCCACUCCAGUGGCCGCCUCAACUGGACCAACAGCCCGGCUCCUGGACGCGGCCAUCUCAUGCCCUUCGUGGAGUGCGAGGGAGGAGAGGGCGGAGCCUCAGGAGGGCAUUGUUUCAAGGCAGGAGAUCUGCGCUCGAACGAACAACCUGCCCUUGCCUCCAUGCACACACUCUGGGUCCGAGAACACAAUGCGGUGGCGGCACAGCUGUCUUUGGUCAACCCCCACUGGAAUGACGACACUCUCUAUGAGGAAGCAAGGCGUAUCGUUGGUGCCCUCAUCCAGCAAAUCACGUACCGAGAUUUCCUUCCCAUCGUCUUAGGGAACACAAUGAUGAAGAAGUUCGACCUUUACCCUUUAACCUCAGGGCUCAGUGACACCUACAACGCUUCUCAAGAUGCUUCUGUUUUAAAUGUCUUCGGAACAGCUGCUUACAGGUUUGGCCACACACUCGUCGACGACAUGUUGCAAGGCGAAGGGUCGGCUGUGCCCCUCGUCGGCAACUUCUUUAAUCCCGAGCCUCUCUUCCGGGGGGAGUCGAGGCCGUCGGCGCUGCUGGAAGGCCUGGCCACCAUGAACGCCCAACCAGCCGACGCCUACCUUGUUCCUUCGCUCACAAAUAACCUCUUUAAGGGCCACAACGAUCCUGUUGGGAUGGACUUGAUGGCACUUAAUAUACAACGAGGGCGUGACCACGGACUCCCUCCUUACACGGAAUGGAGAGAGGCCUGUGGACUUCCUCCUGUCAGCUCAUUCGCCGAUCUGGUUCCGCUGAUGUCCCCCUCUGUGGUCGAGGGCUUUGAGAAACUUUACCCGAACGUAGAUGAGAUCGACCUGUUCCCGGCAGGCUUAGGAGAAAAGCCUGUAUCCGACGGCCUACUCGGCUCUACCUUCACUUGCAUCAUCGCCCACCAGUUCGCCAGACUCAAGCGAGGAGACCGAUUCUGGUACGAGAACCGAAAUCAACCCAAACCUUUUACUGAAGAUCAACUAGAUUCCUUAAGGGAGAUCACCCUGUCUUCAGUCAUCUGCCAAAAUACAAUUCUCGAACACUUGCAGCCAAACUCCUUCUUCUCUGCCAACGCCCCUAGCAACCGGCCGCGUCCAUGCGCCUCCUACCCCGUCCUCAAAGCCGAACUGUGGAGGGAAGGAAGAACCAGCUUGAGUUCGACUUCCUCUCCGACGACCUCCUCUACAGGCUACACCCCCUCAAGUACGACCCCCUCCUCGUCGACUGCUUCUGGAGGUAGUACCACCCCCUUGUUGACGACUCCCUUCGCAACGACCUCCUUCUCCAUGCCGACUCCAAAGCCAGGUUCAGACACGAGACGUUCAGGUAGGUGUGCCGGUGUGGGCAUGUGGCAGUAUAUCCCUGGUAUGGCAGUCUGGUGUGACUACAACUGCCUCAAUAAUGAACAUUUUUGUCCAUCUACACACUGCACCUGUCCCUAGUGCAGUGACUUUCCAAGAUUCUUUUGUUUUGAUCUUUUUUACUAACAUUUCAAGAAACACUGAACAUGCUAAGUGCUAUAACUAAUAGAGUUUAAGGUGAUCUGUAGUCCAAGCACUUCUUUUUUACAACAAAGACACGUUUUUUUUUUGCUAAUAUGUGUUGUUCUUGUUCUUGAUUUGUCUUUGUCUUUGUGUUUUUGUUUGUAGAAGCAUAUAGAAAACCGACCAUGAGACUUUACGUGAUGAAAAUCUAACAAUGAAGUGUGAAAUGUGAACUUGCUGGAACUAAUGAUAAAGAUUUCAUGUCAUGCACUCAGACAAUAAAAGUAUUAGAGGCGCUUUUAAUGCAAACACCAUAAAGAUUUCCAGUUACAGUGGCCUUUUAGAAGAUUACUUUCAUUUUUGUAUGUAUUUCUUGUCUGUUUUUCUUUUUUCAGCCUGUCUUUCUGUCUUCUUGUCUUUUGGACACACACACACACACACACACACACACACACACACACACACACACAUACACACACACACACACACACACACGCACACACACACACACACACACACACACACACACACACACACACACACACACACACACACACACACACACACACACACACACACACACACACAUACAUUCACA